CUCAUCUUUUAGUGUCUUGAAUGACAUAACUCUCUAUAAAAGGAUAAUAAGGAUUACAAAAGUGUUAAAAAUCCCGUCAAGAUAUAAGUAGACAGCAAAUUGCGAAUCAAUAGGAAUGUCACGAAAUAUUAUGCCGUUCUUCAAUCGACCGGAUCGGUGGUUGGAUUGGGACACAAACCGCAUCUUCGAGUCCCACUUCGGCUCCACACUCACUGACGAUGACUUCUUCGCGCCGAUGGCCGUCACUCCCAGCUAUUAUGUCCGCCGAAGACCAUUCAGUCGCCAAUUGAGUGGAGGCGUGAGUCCGGGUGUGCGAAGUGUUGUCCCGCAGUCGCAAGAGUUGGUCCAAUCGGACAAAUUUCAAGUGAUGGUCGAUGUGUCGCACUUCACGCCCGAAGAAAUCACUGUCAAGACAGUGGACAACAGCAUCGUUGUCACCGCCAAACACGAAGACCGCGCCGACGACUUUGGCUUCAUUUCGAGACAAUUCUCGAGAAAGUAUUUAUUGCCCGCAGAUGUCGACCCCCUGGCCGUCACCUCAUCACUCAGUCCCGAAGGCAUACUCACUGUUCAGGCGCCGAAAAAACAGCCGGAGCUCAAGGAAGGCGAACGUAAUGUUCCCAUCACUAUGGCUGCGGAGUCACUCAUACCUCAACCCAAAGAGAUACCGGUGCAGAAUGAGACGGCACCCAAAAACGAAAUCUAAUGCUAUUAUUCUUGGAUAUAAUUACGUGAAUUUAAAUACGCUUUUGAAUAUUGAGUGAAAAGUUUUGCAAUUUUUUUUCAAUACAGUAAUUAUAUAAUAAAUGUUCAAACAUGAUAUGAAAUGA